UAAACCGAUAAAAGACUAUUUUUAUUCGAAUGGCAAAAACACGGCCCACCUCUAAUUCCACCAGGAGAACAUUUUAAUCCCAUCAGAGCAUCUUCUAUAUCGAUUUGCUUUACAAAGCUCAAUUAUUUCAACAUACGCACGAUUUCAACAAAAAGUGGUUUCGAAAUCCAUUUAUACCUGCAAUUGUCGACAGAUCCGCGAUUCUGAAACUAUUGCUCGAUAGCGUCCUAAAUUUUUAAGUUGCUGGAUCUAUAUGCACAACCCGGUACUAAAACAGUAAUUUCAAACGUAUUUCAUCCUCAGCGGAUUGCUGUAUCAUUCGCUCAAUCGAUCCUGUUUAACAAGGGCUGAAAGUAUGGGGGCACUUAUGUCAAAGUUUUGGUUCAUGAUGUUUCCUGCAAAGGAAUACAAGAUUGUUGUUGUUGGAUUGGAUAAUGCAGGGAAAACAACAACACUGUAUAAGUUGCAUUUAGGUGAAGUGGUAACUACUCACCCUACUGUUGGUAGCAAUGUGGAGGAGCUGGUUUAUAAGAAUAUACGAUUUGAGGUGUGGGAUCUCGGAGGGCAAGAACGUCUUCGAACAUCAUGGGCAACAUAUUACCGCGGGACCCACGCAGUGAUCGCGGUGAUCGACAGCACAGACCGCGCUCGAAUCUCGAUCAUGAAAGAUGAACUUUUUCGGUUACUCCCAAAUGAGGAUCUUCAAAAUGCUGUUCUUUUAGUGUAUGCAAAUAAGCAAGACUUGAAGGAUGCAAUGACUCCAGCUGAAAUAACUGACACCCUUUCACUUCAUAGUAUCAAGAAUCAUGAUUGGCAUAUUCAAGCUUGUUCUGCUCUUACGGGUGAUGGACUUUAUGAUGGGUUGGGUUGGAUUGCCCAAAGAGUUACCGGGAAAGCAACAAGCUAGAGAGAAAACCGUUAAGGCCAUAAUCGUCAUUUUCUUGAAAUGUUUUAUUGUUUGGACUUUGGAUUAUACGUAAAAAAAAAAAAAAAAAAAAAAAAAAAAAAAAAAACACACUUGUGUGCGAUUUGGUUUUGGAAAUUUCUUUGGUAUUGUUUUCUUUUAUCAGAUCUUAGGAUCACGAUCCUGAUCUUGCAAACCCAAAAACGAUCCUACGUAUGAUCCUGAUCUUGACAACCUUGUUAUUAUUGAUAUCAUUUGUUAGGCAAAAUUCCAUAAAGACAUUUGUA